GAAAUAAAAGAAUGACUGGUAUUGCCGUUGUAAUAAUAAAACGAAUCAAAACGGACAAGAAAUUAUAACCAGUCCUGAUAGGGAAGCAGAAUAUCUGUCAAACCGAUAGGAGUUGUUUUUAUCCCUUUUCGCAUUUUUUAAUUCUUGACAGCAUAUAAGAAAAAAAGCCAUGACAUUGCAGUGGUCCUUUAUAGCGGUGUUUCUUUACGGGGAGAUCGGGCUUAUAACUAUACUUCUCCUACCCUUUAUAUCAGCAUCAAGAUGGCAGAAAAUCUUCCGCUCGAGUAUCGUACAGAAGUUUGCUAAGUUUUCCCACAUCUAUUUCAAUGUCUUCAUAGUGAUUCUACUCCUCUUGUUUAUGGAUGCUAUUAGGGAGGUGAGAAAGUAUGCGGGUCCGACCUCCGAAGUGGACCUCAAGCACAAUCCGGACCAGGAAAAUCUCGCUCAUAUGAGACUGUUCAGGGCGCAGAGAAACCUCUACAUUGCUGGAUUCGCCCUGUUUGGUUGGUUCAUUAUUCGUCGCCUGGUGACGUUGCUGUCCCUUCAAGCCCAGAUGCAAGCCCAGUCAGAGGCAAGCCAGAAACAAGCCCAAAGUGCUUCGGAUGCUGCCAAAAAACUAAUGGAGGAGAAGGAUAAUAUCAAAAACAUGGCAAGAAGUGAUGACACUGAUGUGGAUGCCGUUAAGAGGGAAAAAGAUCUCGCAACACAGCUAGAUGAAACCAAACUAGAGCUCAAGAAACUUAAAAAAGAACUCGAGAUGAAGCAAACAGACUUUGAAGCAUUGAAGAAGCAGUCAGAGGGUAUGAACAAGGAGUAUGACAGACUGUUGAAUGAAUAUUCUAAGGCUCAGGAAAAAUUGGAGUCACCAGAAGACGGAAGCAAGAAAUCAAACUAGAUUCAAAUUAAAGUUAAUGAAAUUGUGCAAUCUGUGUGAAAGUGUGCGUGCCAAUAGGCUUUGUACCAUACUUGAUUGAAAAACCUGUAUUGCGCACAAAAUUGUGGCCAUUAUAAUGAAUUAUGUUCCAAUUGUAUUCCUUUUCAUCUUGUGUGUCAUUUUGAAAUAUUUAGUCACAAAAUCAAGCUAGUUUCCUCUUUCGGCUUUCCCUUACUUAAUACGCAUAUAAUCCUUUACAUGUUAUGAUAUGUUAACUACUCAAUUAUUUGGUGUUCAUGAAAUAUGCUCUGAUUGAUUCUGGUCAACAUCUAAACAUCUUAACUUACUUUAUACUCACAUGAGAGGAUUCUACUGGCCAAGGUGUCCAACUUUCACAUGGCAGGGUUUAGGCUGACAAAACACCUGGAGUGAUUUUCAUUAUUGGUCCAAAAUGGAUCUUGAAUAUUGACUUAAAGUUUCAUACUGAAUACCAGGCUAGGGGUAGAUCUCUUGGCCUCUUCAAGCAGGGCACAAGUUUUCAAGAUGGUGGAUCAAAUCUAGGCUCUGUAAGCAAAAAGGAGCAUUGAGAAUGAAUUUUUGAAAAAGUAUAAUUUGAAAUUCUGACGUGAAAAGUUUUAGCUUCUUUAUAUCAUGGCCUCUCCGAAGGGACAUCUCAUUAAUAUAAUUCACUACUAAAUACAAAGAAGCUACUAUACACUGAGCAUUUGUUUGACGUGAUUUGACAUACGGUUAUUGUUUUGUUCAUUGGAAAACCCUGAUGUGCAUUAGGGUAUACACCUGCGCUUAAAAUGUUUUAAUUAAAACCUAAGAACGAUUAUGAUGGUGGGGGCUUUUUUAUGGUUAAGGCUGGAAGUGAGAAUUCUCAUUGUGUUGGCUUAACUCUCUUUAUAAUAAUAAAUUUAUAAAAUUCUUUCCGGUGUCAUGUUAUGACCUGAAUAAAAUUACGUUACUUUA